AUGAAGGGCCAGGCAGCUCCGCUGCCGCCGCGGCCCCGGCCCUCGCCCGCCAAGGGCCCUCUCGGCUCGGCGCUCCCACGCCGGGGCAGCUGCGCCCGCACUGGGCAUGCCCGCGCCGCGCGGAUCCCGGGCACGCCGGGCGGGGGCACUAGGCGAGGGCGUCGACUAAUUGUUUUUAUUUACUAUAGAGCUUUGCAGUCUGUGAAAAUGCAAAUGCUGGCAGGAUUACUACAAAAUGUGGAUCUAAAUGACCUUGUCAUAGAACCUCAGGUCUGGAAUUUUGAGUAUUUUAAUGACACUGAGAUGCCAUUCAUGGAACAAGAUACUAGCCCCUGUGCUACAGAAACCGAGACAUUCAGCAAGCAUGCUGUGGCCACCGUUUAAGCCUUGGUAUUCCUCCUGAGUGUGCUAGGAAACUCCUUUGUGGUGCUGGUCAUUUUAUACAAUCGUGUCAGCUCCUCUGUCACGGACAUCUACCUGCUGAACCUGGCCAUAGCUGACUUGCUCUUUGCUCUGACACUCCCUAUCUGGGCUGCAUCCAAGAUCAAUGGAUGGACUUUUGGCACACCUCUGUGCAAGACAGUCUCGCUCCUGAAGGAAGUCAACUUCUACAGUGGUAUCUUACUGCUGGCCUCCAUCAGCGUGGAUCGCUACCUGGCCAUUGUCCAUGCCACGCACAAGCUGAUCCAGAAACGCCACCUGGUCAAGUAUAUAUGUUUAGGCAUCUGGGGAUUUUCUCUGAUACUAUCCUUACCCUUCUUCCUUUUCCACAGAGCUAUUACUCUAUCUUAUUCUAGCCUCACUGUCUGCUACCAGGACUUCGGUAGCGAUACAACGAAGUGGAGGCUGAUGCUUCGGAUUCUGCCCCAGAACUGUGGCUUCCUCCUUCCACUGCUGAUUAUGCUGUUCUGUUAUGGAUUCACCCUGUGCACUCUGCUCGAGGCCCAUAUGAAGCAGAAGUAUCAUGCUAUGAGGGUCAUCUUUGUUGUUGUAUUUGUCUUCCUGCUCUGCUGGUUGCCCUAUAACCUGGUUCUGGUCACAGACACCCUCAUGAGGACUAGGGUCAUCAAGGGGACCUGUGCACACCACAAAGACAUUGACUGGGCUCUGGAAGCCACUGAGAUUCUGGGCUUCCUCCACAGCUGCCUCAACCCCCUCAUCUAUGCCUUCAUUGGCCAGAGGUUUCGCAAUGGAUUCUUCAAGAUCUUGGCCACCGAUGGCCUGGUCAGCAGGGACUUCUUGGCACGCCAUCAUGUUACCUCUUACGGUUCUUCCUCUACCAGUGGUGCUGGUUUAGCCAUUGUCACUGAAUUAAUCCUGCUUACCGAGUGA